AUGGACUACGACCGCUACGACGCUUUCCUCCACCACAUCUUCAAACAGACCCAGGGCGACGCCUGGUUUCGUCCCAACGAGGACAACCUUUCCGCCGGCGUUGCCCUCCGUGUCGACAAUGGCCCCGAGUUCCGUGUCUUCCCCUACGAGAACCUCGCCCUCGAGCCGUUCGAGGCGGCCGUCUCCGCCCUCAACCCCGCCGUCGCCGUCAAGGUCCGCUCGGCCUCCGUACAUGCCGCCCUCGCGGAAGUGAGCCCCGACGACCGGUCCAUCUACGUCGAUGCGAAUACGCGCAUCCAAAUCAUCGAAACCAUGAUGGACCUCCCCACUGCCGACAAGGAGCAGAAUGCCGCCUUUGUCCGCGAUGAACGCGUCCUGGUCAUGUGGUCCGAGUCGAUCGAUACCAUCAUCCCGAUGUGCCACGAGUUCGAGGAGCGCCUGAUCAAGCUGCUCUGGCGCUCGCGCCCGGCCGCGGGCGCGAGCCAUGCGACGAGCUCGAACAGCUAUCCCGCGAGCAUUAACGUUGUCCGCCGAGCUGACGACGCACACCAGGAGAUCCUUGCGCGGCAGGACGACCCGGAGAAGGGCGCCGGCGUGGCGGAGGGCGCGGUGCAGACCAAGACCGUGCGGACGUGGUACGGCAAGAAGAAGACGAUCAUCGUCGACGACAUGAGUGCGGCGCUCGCGGACCUCGGGCCCACGAAACGCCCGACGCUGCUGUGGGCACCGCUUUACAACGGGCUCGCCGCGGGCCUGUCGUUCUACUUCAUUGGGAACGGGUUCAAGACGCUGCUCGAGGAGUGGGAGCUGGACAACAACUAUGUGCGGUUUGCGCUGUGUGCGCUGCUGCCGAUGCUGUAUUCCGUGUCGUUGUUCUUCGCGAUACAGAUCAUACAGAACCUGUCUAUGAUGAUCGGCCCCGUGGCGCAGUACCACGAGAACUCCAAGUAUUAUUCGGCGAUAAAGCCGCGCCCGAACAAGAUUGUCGACAACAACCUGCCGCACGUCACCAUUCAAAUGCCUGUGUACAAGGAAGCGCUGGACACUGUCUUGGCACCCUCAAUCGAAUCGCUCAAGAAAUGUAUGCAGACGUACGCCCGCCAGGGCGGUACCUCCACGAUUUUCAUUAACGACGAUGGUCUCCGACUGCUCCCUGUUGAGGAGCGUGACGCACGUAUCGCCUACUACGCCAACCACGGCAUCGGCUGGGUUGCGCGGCCGAAGCACGACGACGCGCAGGACGGCUUCAAGCGUGCCGGGCGCUUCAAAAAGGCGUCGAACAUGAACUACGGUCUCAAGCUGUCGCUGCUCGCGGAGAAGCACCUCGACGCGCUGCAGACGCAGGAGAAGGAGCGCGGGCCGCGCUCGUCGCGCGGCAGCCGCGAGGCGCUGCAGCUGGCGAUCGACGAGGUGUACGAGGCGAGCGGGCGGCGGUUCCGCCCGUGGGCGGCGAACGGGCGCGCGUGCCGUGUUGGCGAGAUUAUUCUGAUUGUGGACUCGGACACGAUCGUGCCGGAGGACUGCUUAAGGGACGCGGCGCGCGAGAUGGCCGAGUGCCCUGAUGUGGGUGUCAUCCAGCACGAGUCGGACGUCAUGCAGGUCGCGCACCACUACUGGGAAAACGGGAUCGCGUACUUUACGCGCCGUAUCAACAAGUGUAUCUCGUAUACUUGCGCCAACGGCGAGGUUGCCCCGUUCGUCGGUCACAACGCGUUCCUGCGCUGGCGCGCGGUCCAGGACGCUGCGUUCAUCGACUCUGCCGAUGGCGAGGAGAAGAUGUGGUCCGAGUCGAACGUGUCCGAGGACUUCGACAUGGCGCUGCGGCUGCAGCUGCGUGGGUACAUCAUCCGCUGGGCGACGUACUCGGACGGCGGCUUCAAGGAGGGUGUGUCCCUUACUGCGGACGACGAGCUCAACCGGUGGCAGAAGUACUCGUACGGUUGUAGCGAACUGCUGUUCAACCCCAUCGCACAGUGGUGGCGCAAGGGCCCGAUCAACAAGCAGAUCCACAAGUUCAUGUGGUCCCCGGCGCCCCUGCACUACAAGGUGUCCAUGAUGGCGUACAUGUUCUCGUACUACGGUAUCGCGUGCUCGAUCACGAUUACGGUCAUCAACUACUUCUUGCUCGGCUGGCAAUUCCCCAUCGACGGCUUCUACAUGCACAGUUUCGAAAUCUGGCUCGCGACGACGGUCGUCUUCAUCGGCUCUGGCAAUGUCGGCUUCACGCUCUUGCAAUACCGUAUCGGGCAUGGCAAUCUCAUCUGGGAAUUCUUGGAAAAUAUUAAAUGGGUUCCGUUCUUCUUCUUCUUCUUUGGUGGUCUCUCCAUCCCUCUUACGCAGUCCAUUCUCGCGCACAUGUUCUCAUACAACAUGACGUGGGGUGCUACCAAGAAGGAGGUUGAGCGUUCGAAUUUCUUCGAGGAGAUUCCGAAAAUCUUUAAACGGUUCUGGUUCCCGUACACGGUGUGCAUCAUCCUCAUGGUCGGCAUGAUCAUCUUGAGCACAAAUUUGGUACCACUUGCGUGGAGAAUCGACGGCUCGUCCUGGGCAGUCAUUUUCCCGCUCAGUAUCCUUAUUGGUUGCCACUUACUCUUCCCGAUUGUCCUCAACCCGUGGUUGAUGGUGUUCUCAUACUGA